AUGUCUGAAAAUGUAUGCGAGAGUGAUAUCAGAUUUGAUGAAUCACUGCAGGCGGCGAUUGUGUUAUACCUGUUGUGGUCACACUUGCGGUGGGCGUGUCUGACGGGAAUGGGAAUGCUUGUGCUGUUUAUACCAUUUCAAGUACUAAUGGGUCGUAUGUUUCAGAGUAUACGUCAAAAGACGGCCGAAUUAACCGACAGUCGAAUCCGUUUAAUGCAAGAGAUUAUNAGUAUACGUCAAAAGACGGCCGAAUUAACCGACAGUCGAAUCCGUUUAAUGCAAGAGAUUAUCGCCGGAAUGCGUGUCAUAAAGAUGUACGCCUGGGAACAGCCCUUCGCACAGUUGGUGGCAAUCGCUCGCAAGUCCGAAGUGAAACAAAUCCGUUUAUCAAGUUUUUUGAAAUGCGUUAACCUUUUGCUGUAUUUUGUUUUAAUACGGGUUAUAAUAUACGCCUGUUUUCUAACAUAUAUACUGAUGGGCGAGAAGUUGUCGGCGGAGACGGCGUUCGCCACAAUUGCUUACUUUAAUGCCUUGCGUUGGGGAAUACGGAUAAACGCACCCCUAGCUAUAGCCGCACUCAACGAGCUCAUUAUAGUUAUCAAACGUAUCCAGAAUUUUCUAUUACUCGAAGAGAUGAGUGGUUUGGAUGAGAGGGAAGGGAAAGACAACGAGGCGUUCAUUUCGGGUGAAAAUAAAAUAAUUCUUCGCCCAAUGGAUAACAACUUUAGUGAUAAAAAAGGCAUUUUUAUGGAUAAUUUGAGCGUUUGUUGGAAUAAUGUAUACAAUUGUUUACUUUGUGUUUUAAAUCAACUCAUUCCUCUCAAUAUUCAUUAUGAUAUGACUGAACCCACGCUUCGGGACAUUAAUCUGAGUGUAAAACCCGGACAACUAUUGGCUGUCUUCGGAUCGGUUGGCAGCGGAAAGAGCUCACUCUUGAUGUCAGUAUUGAAUGAGAUAUGUGUUGUGUCGGGUCGAGUGGUAGUGAGGGGUCGGGUGUCGUACGCGCCGCAGGAGUCGUGGGCUUUCAUAGCGAAAUAUUCUGUUGGCUNUCGGGUGUCGUACGCGCCGCAGGAGUCGUGGGCUUUCAUAGCGAGUGUUCGACAGAAUAUUCUGUUUGGCUCUCAAUAUAAUGAAGAGAAAUACAAUCGAGUGGUGAAGGCGUGCGCUUUGGACACAGAUUUUAAACUCUUCCCAUACGGCGACCGAACUCUAGUCGGCGAAAGAGGCGUGUCGUUAACUGGGGGCCAAAAGACCCGCAUAAGUCUGGCCCGGGCGCUGUAUCACUCGGCAGACAUCUAUCUUUUGGACGACCCUUUGAGUGCUGUCGACACAAAUGUGGCCAAACAUCUCUUCCAGAAGUAUAACGUGUAG